AGCUCAGGCGCUUCCGCGGCCCGCGCUCCGCACCUCCCCCGCCCCGCCUCCCCGCCGCACUCCCCGCCGCCGCGGUGGCGGCGGGGGGGGGGGCGCCGCGCCGCCCGGAGCCGCGGCGGGCCGAUGGUGUCCGUCCUGGUCUGCGGCGGCGGCAACGCCGCGCAGGUCGUCUCCUGCCUGUUCGGCUCCAGGUACAAGGUGACGGCCCUGUCCCUCCACGGGGACGAGGCCGAGAGAUGGGAGAAGGCCGUGAAGGACACGGGCAUGGAGUGCAGCUUCCAGGGCUCGGACAAGAAGGUUCGGUCCUGGCCAGACCACAUCACGAAGGACCCGUCGGCCGCGAGGAACUGCGACGUUGUUUUGUUCACAGUGCCGUCCAGCUUCCACAAGGAUUAUUUCACGGCGCUGAAGCCUCACGUGAAGGA